UGCAGGGGUGGGGCUUCUGCAGUCGGGAGGUGGGCGCAACUAAAUGCUGUUCAUAGCAUUUCAUUUGUGAUCACCCAGUUGAACCACCGGGCUCGGCUGCAUUGUUUAGUACCAGAGCAAAACCCCCUUUUCCAAAACACCGCUCACACGCUGCCUCCUGCCUCUGUGCCCAAAACAGGGAUUUACCGGCUCUGCUGUCCAGCCAAGGGUUCCUCUGCAUUGGUCCACGGCACUCGAGUAAUCUCAAGGAAAGGUUCUGCUAAUGAUGCGCGGAGGAAGAAAAUCUGCGGAGUUUUUCGCUACCUCUACUGCACCAAACUAAACUCCUGCUAUAUAGUAGGGAAAUAAAAUGAUAUCUUCAUGGACAUGUUUGUGAUUUGAAGCCUAGAGUGAAAAUCUGCCCUGUGGAUGCCAGCUGUGAUACCAGAAUAACAAGUGGAAAAUCGUUUUCUAGUUACUGUCCUUUCACAGUGCCAGAUACUGUGUGCUGGGGAGGGUCGGGACACAUCUGAUAGAAGGCAAAUCCUUAAAGAAUGUCUUCAGUUGCUGGACGAGAUAUAGCAGACUACCGUAUAAGUGUGGUUCAAAGUCCGCCCGGAUGGGAGGUAGGGAUUUAUAUUGCUGGUUUCCUGGUGCUACUGGGAGUCGUGGGAUUGAACUUGUGGAAGCUGUGGAGAUCUGGAAGCUAUCCCACCCCCUCGCCUUUCCCAAACUUCGAUUUCAGAUACCUCGAGCAGAAAUACGGGACUUCCUGCUCAGAAGUCAGACAGAAGAGAGUAGCUGCUUCAAACCACAAGAAAGCUGCAGAAAAGAUGCCUGCAAGCUGCAAGUCCAGCUUAAGGAUCGAUGACAACUAUGAGAGCAUCAACGAGCUGGGCACACUGGAGCUGAACAGAGACAUGGAGCUGACUCCGUACGGGCCGAUGCGCCGGUCCCUCUCCACCGACUCCCUCAGCUCCAUCUCCUCCAUCGGGAACAACUUUGGCCAGGACUUCAGCGUGGGGCAGGUGGAGGUCAACAUGGAGUAUGAGCUACACUCCAGCACCCUGUCCGUCACCCUGGUGCAAGGAAAAGACCUGAUGGAGAAAGAGGAGAUCAACUUCGAGUCCUGCUUCGUGCGCAUCAGCCUGCUUCCUGACGAGCAGAUCGUGGGCAUCUCCCGGAUACAAAGGAAUGCUUUUUCAGUGCUCUUUGACGAGAAGUUCUCCAUUGCCUUGGACCCCUCUGCCUUGGAAGAGAACAGCCUGCGCUUCUCUGUGUUCGGCGUCGACGAGGAUGAAAGGAACAUCAGCACAGGGGUGGCAGAGCUGAAGCUGUCUGACCUGGACCUGUCCAUUCGACCUUUCAAUGCCUGGCUCUACUUGCAGGAUGUCAAUAAGGCAGUCGACUCAGUGGGUGAAAUCCUGCUUUCACUCAGCUACCUGCCAACUGCGGAGAGGCUAACGGUCGUGGUGGCCAAAGCCAAAAAUCUGGUGUGGACAAAUGGGAAGAAUAGUGCAGAUCCAUUUGUCAAAGUUUAUGUCCUCCAAGACAAUAGGAAAAUUAGCAAGAAGAAGACGGCUGUGAAGAGAGAUGAGAACAAUCCCAUCUUUAAUGAGGCCAUGAUUUUCUCAGUACCAGCCAUUGUGCUGCAGGACCUGUCACUCAGAGUCACAGUGGCGGAGUACUGUGAAGAUGGCAGAGCUGACAAUAUAGGUCACGUGAUCAUCGGGCCCGAAGCCAGCGGGAUGGGAAUCACCCACUGGAAACAGAUGCUGGUCACUCUGAGGAAGCCUGUUUCCAUGUGGCAUCCACUCCGCAGGAAUUAACAUCCUCCCCACUUCACUCCAAAUACAAAUAUCUUCUUGCAUGGUGCCUAAUUCUUACAAUAAAACUACAUUGGUGUAUAGGGGGCAAAAAUAAUAAUGUGGAAAAAUAAAAGGCUAUUUUUUUCUAAAUCCUUCUACUUUUAUUAUCUUUUGAAACUAGCAGUAGAUAUUGUGUUGUAUAAAAAAAAAAGGUUAUAAUGGAGAGUCAGGCGUUUCAUCUGGGACACGUUUCAGUACCAGUAUAGUGAUGGUAAGCAGGCAUUUAAAAUAAUAUUGAUUUACUUUGAUAAUCUAAACAAAGAUAAUACACCUUUAUGACCUCAAUGUUAUUUACAAUAGAGAGCUGAAUAAAUUUGAUUUUAGUACCACUAUUUAUUAUUAUUAUUAUUAUUAUUAUUAUUAUUAUUAUUAUUAUUAUUAUUAUUAUUAUUAUUAUUAUUAUUAUUAUUAUUAUUAUUAUUAGUAGUAGUAGUAGUAGUAGUAGUAGUAGUAAUCCAUUGUUUUGAUAGAAUUGCUAAAUUAAUUUUAAUGGGCUUGCACCUUUUUAGAUCUUUUAUUUUUCAGGACCUCACAAGACACUGUAAUAAGUCAGUCACCUUAAUAGUAUGCAUUUGACUGGUGUUCUUCAUUGGCACAUCAUGACAAAUACAUUACUCUAAAAGGUGAGUAGUUUAUUAGUAUUUUGUGACCCAGUGAAAAAUAAAUAUUGAAAAGGAGCCAGUCGAAUUAUAAACUUGUAUUUAGAGAAAAUAACAGUGUCCUCUAUUAGAAAAGGUCCAGAAAAGGUGUGCAGGAAAAAUAAAUAAAUAUAUAGAAAAAUCAGGUUCAUUUUAAAACUUGGUUGUGACUUUUCUACUUUACUUUGAGACGUGCCAAAUCUACCGUGAAUGGAGCAAUGUUUUUAGAGUGUGGAUGUUCAUAACUGACAGAGGUCAUGACUAGAUAAUGGUAACUCAGACAGGUUUUGAAAAAACUGAAGAAUCAGAUCUUUGGUUUGAUCAAAUUGAUGCACUCAUCACUAACCUAACAGCUAUUUAAUUAAACUUAAUUUGUUUGACUAAAUUUUAGAAAAUGUGUUAAUUAAAUGUUUUUUUUGGUUUUUUUUUCAACAAGACAGUUCUUGAUUUAGUGUGAACUGUCAUCUACACACAUUUAAUUUGCUACAAAGAAAACAGGCUAUUUAAAAAUGACUAAACAAAAGAUAUUGUCCUGCAAAGCUGAAAACAAGCACAUGUCUGUUGGGGCUUGCUGUGUGUACACAGCUGCCUACAGUUUAAUAUUGACACGUCCUGAUUCAGUCCCACAAUUGACAGUUGAAGAAAGCACUGUAGGCUAGUAUGUCACUGAUAUUGUUAUCUCAGUAAUGAUUUCUGGAUUUCCAUUAUCUUGCCCCAAGCCCUUCAUUUUAUGAACUAGAGAGUAUUAAUAGUUUUUCAAUGCAUGGAAUUUUGCAGAUUUAUCUAAAGACUUUUAUGGAAUGUGUCACCAAGCAAAUGUUGUUGUGUUGAGUAUUUUUAAAUAAAAAAAAU